UAUUCUUCCUCUUCUUCUUCGUCUUCUCGUCAUUCCCGAAGACGCACUUUUCGUUUCCAAGUUCUCUCGCUCUCGCGCUCUGUUCUUUCACAGAGUCGCAGACAUUGGUCGAAUCGUGGGCUCAUUUGGGCACGCUAGAAGCAAGCUUUGGCUUAUUUUUCCCCGCUUACCGAGCCAAUUCCAACUUAUCAGAAGCAACACCAGGUCUGCAAUCGCGAAUAUUCUGAAUCAGCAUUCUUUGUAUGAGGCGCUCGAGAUGGUGCACAUUGUCGCCGUGAGCGGGCUCUCUGAGAAAGAUUUAGUAAGCUCGAUGGCUUUAUUGGAGGCGGCCUGAAGCAAUGCAGUUUGUUUUUCAGGUCCGGAUUUGAACCUCGAGAAAAACAGAGAAUCGGUAGCAGCAAAGGCUAGAGGAGCGAUAGAAUGUGUUCCACGGAUGAUGAGCUGGCUGAAUUGUGCUUUGCAUUUACGUUCUUGGCUCGGUUAUUCGCCUACAUCACGGUAUUGGCAUUGCUUGUGUCGGUCUUCUUCGCGAUCAUGAGAUACCUGGACAGCUGGGAGGAUGAAAGUCCUGCCGAACGAGAGCCGGUAGUGACGGAGACGACCCCAAUACAAGUAUUCAAGCCACCACAGUCAACGUAUGGGACGUGUGAGGAGGACAUAGAAACCGGCAGCUGCUGCAGCAGCUCCUCGGAGGAGUUGUAUGAUGGGAAGAUUUGUGUGAUUUGCUACGACGAGGAAAGGAAUUGCUUCUUCGUUCCUUGCGGCCAUUGUGCUACCUGCUAUGACUGUGCUCAGAGGAUCUUUGAUGGAGAAGGCAAGGCCUGCCCUGUUUGCAGGAGACCCAUCAGGAAAGUGAGGAAGUGGUUCUCCUCAUGAGAUAAACAUUGUUUUAUUACGCUUUAGAGACUUUUGUGUUUUAUAGGAACGAUUUCGGUGGAAAAUUUUUGGUUCUUGGCUUGAGUUAUUGGGAUUAAAAUUGAUGAUUGCGCACACCAUUUUGUGUUCGUGGUCAUGAGAGUUCUGUCGGUCACUACGAGAGGUCAACCGCUCGUGGGAACUUCAAGUGUACAGAUGGGCCCUAAGGCCCAAAACAAAUGUUGUAGAAGCCCACAAGUCAGCAGGUGACAGAAUAAUAUGACUGACGAAGUAUGAGCCUCAGCUCAAUCGAGAUAUACCUUUUCACUUC